AUGCCCUCUUCAACCACUGUUUCAGCAGCCUCCUCUGCAAAUUUUGACGUAAAUGUGAGUAUAGAGCAUUUCAUAGCUAGAUUGAAGAGAAAACAGAUAGACAACUCUUACGCUAUGGCAUUGGAGACUUUGCAGAUCCUGAAGAGGUUUAUCUCUGCAGCUCGCUGGUCUCAUGUCACUGAACUGAUAGAGCAAAUAAGACAACUAGCUGACAGAUUGGAAAAGGCUCAGCCAGCUGCGUUUUGUUGUGGUAAUGUGAUUAGAAGAGUGCUGGCGGUCAUAAGAGAUGAGUUCGAGGAAGAUAUGCGCAGCACGGUGGUGAGCACAGCCGCAACCACGAACACUGUGGCUGAACCAAUGAUCUCAUCUAUGUUUAAUCUGCUACAGAAGCCAGAACAUCAGCUACAACAGCAACAGCAGCAGCAGCAGCAACAGAAGUCGCAAAAAGGCACCAAAACAAAGACAGAUUUCCGUCAAGUGGCUAUACAGGGCAUCAAGGAUCUGAUAGACGAAAUCACUAAUAUAGAUGACGGCAUUCAACAGAUUGCCAUCGAUUUGAUUCAUGACCAAGAAAUUCUCUUAACACCAACUCCAGAGUCGAAAACUGUGCUCAAGUUUCUCAUCAAGUCCAAGGAACGAAGCAACAGAACUUUCACUGUCCUGGUCACUGAGGGAUUUCCAAAUAACACAGCUAAAGCCCAUGAAUUUGCAAAAAAACUGGCUCAACACAACAUCGAGACGAUCGUCGUGCCGGACUCGGCCGUCUUUGCCCUCAUGUCACGGGUUGGUAAAGUCAUCAUUGGUACCAAAGCAGUUUUCAUCAAUGGUGGCAGUAUGGCAUCCGCGAGCGGAGUCUCAUCAGUGUGCGAGUGCGCUAGAGAGUUCAAGACUCCCGUGUUUGCCGUGGCUGGUCUAUACAAGCUGUCGCCAUUGUAUCCGUUCGACGUGGAGAGACUCGUCGAAUUCGGCGGCUCUCAGAAAGUGUUGCCUCACAUGGAUCCCCAUAACAGGCUCGAUAUCAUCAACCCUGUGACAGCAUACGUCCCUCCAGAAAAUAUCGACAUUUACAUCACCAAUAUCGGCGGAUUCGCACCAAGUUUCAUCUAUCGUGUGGCUUGGGAUAACUACAAACAAGUCGAUGUGAACAUCGGGCAAGCACUCUAA